CCUGAAGUCAGGGGCAAUUCUCUUCAGGUGUGAGGGGGAGAGCUCUAUGAAGUGGCUUCGCACACUUGAUGGUACUGCCGUCAAUGGUGUGGAGCUUAGGGUGGUGGAGGCUAAGAACCUCCCAAAGCCGGUAAAGAUGGCCUGGAAAUCCAGGAACGUCACGAGGCAGGACACAGGGCGGGUCAUGAGGUUGCUGCAGAGGUUACAUCCGAGCCUGAAGACCUCGAACUGGAGCAUUGUUGGCUCCACUGUAGAGGGGAUGGCGGUCAGGAGAAUCGUCCUGAUGGACGAGGCCUCUGCGGCGUACAUUAAAGCCCGUCAGUACAUCCUGAACACUGGGAUUGACCGGAGCAUCUUCAAGCUCCUCGAGUACGAUGUGAGGCGUGGGGAUGAACCGGUCAGUGCCAGUGUGACGGCUGAACAGCGGGGGGAUGCGGUGGCGGUGCCGGAAGACUGCCCGCGGACAGAGGAGCAGGCCUUGGAACCGAUAGCGGGACCUAGUGCGGGUGAAGGGCUAUCCGGAGGGACUGGGGGUGGGGAGGAGGAGCUGGUGGUAGAUGAACCUGCUGCCGCUCCGUCUCCCGCAUCCAUAGGCUCGCUGGAAGCCAUAGCUGACCUGGACCUGGGACGGUCCUCGCCGCUGGAGUAUGAUAUCUCCGCGGAUGAGGAGACCGAGCUCGGGGACAGAAUUUGACGUCUGCAGCUCUCUUCGGGGGUUUAAGGGAUCUCACAGCAGUGAAGAUCCAAAGGGAGGGGGAUUUGCGAGGAGUGAUAGUGGCAUCGGCAUAUCUCCCAUAUGAAAAGGCAGAUC